AUUUACCCCUGAGAGCCAUAGGGAGAGGAGCUCCUGGGUAACAUCUGACUUCAGAGAAGAAAUAUUGGUAUUUUGGUGAAGGGACUAAGGGGAGAAUGGCUUUGUCUCGGACUGCCCUCUGCAGAUGAUUAAAUGGCACACCCCUUAAUCACCUGCUUUCUACCAGCAUGCGGAUGUUCAGGACACUGCCGGGUUCCAGGGAGAACGUCUCACCAUGAUCCAGGAGAAGCUGAAGCAGCUGCUGCCUGAGGUUGAGGUAGAUCCCCGUGCCAUAUCAGCCUUGCUCUGUGGUUCAGCUGCAGCCGUCCUGGUGCUGAAAUGGGUGGGGAGGAGACAGAUCCAGGAAAAGAUGGAAGAGGCAAGGAGGACACGGGAUCUGGGCCUGGAACGAAUGGAGCAAGUGGCUUGGAAGUUUAAACAGAAGAACCCAGGAGUUCAGACCAGUUUCAUCCUCUCCCUGCCGCUUGUGGAGCUGGCUGAGAAGCUAAAGGAAGGUUCCUUGUCUCCAGAAAUUGUCCUCUACACAUACAUAGACAAGGCCUUGGCAGUGACCCAGGAGGUGAACUGUGUGACAGAUUUCAUCCAGGGUUGUGAGCAGCAGCUGCAGGACCUCACAAAACAGAAGGAGAAGGGUUUGCUGUACGGUGUGCCCAUCAGCAUCAAGGAUCACAUCGGCUGCAAAGGACACAUCUCUACUGGCGGCUUGGUGCAAUUUCUCGGCAAAGUGGAGGAAGAGGACAGCGUGAUUGUCAAGGUGUUGAAGAGGCAGGGGGCAAUCCCGUUUGUGAAAACCAACGUCCCACAGUCCAUGAUAAACUACGACUGCAGCAAUGUGAUCUUCGGCCAGACAGUGAAUCCUCUGAACCAUAAGAAAAGCCCCGGUGGUUCCUCUGGAGGGGAAGGGGCACUGAUCGCAGGAGGAGGGUCCCUCCUGGGCUUUGGCACAGAUGUUGCCGGGAGCAUCCGCCUGCCCUCCAGCUUCUGCGGGCUUUGCGGGCUCAAGCCGACGGGCAACAGGCUGAGCCACGCUGGUCUUGUUUCUCCUAUAGUCGGCAUGAAAUCAGUGAUGGCAACGAUCGGGCCCAUGGCGCGGGACGUGGACAGCCUAGUUCUGUGCAUGAGGGCGCUCCUGUGUGAGGACCUGUUCCAGCUGGACCCCACCGUGCCGCCCAUCCCCUUCAACGAGGAGGUUUACUCCAGUUCAAAACCUCUUCGCAUUGGGUUUUACGAUGGAGAUGGCUAUUUCCAGCCCUCCCCCAGCAUGAAACGAGCUGUCCAGGAAACCAAACGGCUUCUCCAGGGGGCAGGGCACACGCUCAUACCCUUUUCCCCGCCUCGGAUUGAUUAUGUGGUGGACGAGCUCUUCACCAAAGGCCUCUUCUCUGAUGGAGCUGCAAACUUGUUGGACAAGCUGAAAGGGGAUAUCGUGGAUCCAAACCUGAAGUCUCAGGUUAACACUUACAGGCUCCCUGUUGUGGUGAAGAGGAUCGGGGCUCUCCUCCUGAAGCCAGUGUAUCCGCGAAUCGCCAGAGAUCUGAACGCGCUGUGUGGAGUUGGGUCAGCCAAAAAUCUGUGGAAACAGCAUGCUGCAGUGGAGGCUUAUCAUAAAGAAUUCAUUGCAAAAUGGAGGAAGCUGCAGCUGGAUGUCAUUUUGUGUCCCGCAUUGGGCCCGGCCUUUAACGCUGGCUAUCCUGGAAAGCUCUUUGCUGCCACUUCCUACACCAAUCUGUACAAUGUCCUAAACUUCCCCGCUGGAGUCGUGCCGGUCACCACUGUCACCCACAUUGAUGAAGAAGAGCUGAAGGAUUACAGGGGGCAUUAUGGGGACCUUUGGGACAAGCGGCUGAAAGAGGCCGUGGAAGGAGCCGUGGGGCUGCCCGUGGCCGUGCAGUGUGUGGCCCUGCCGUGGCAAGAGGAGCUGUGCCUCCGGUUCAUGAAAGAGGUGGAGACGCUGGCCCACGGGAGAAGGCAAAGCCUGACCUAUCGAGACCCGUAGCACUAAGCACCUUCCUACUCAUCCACGAAACAUUCAUGGCAGUUGCUGCCUCUCUUAAUGGCCAAUAAAUGCCUUGAAAGCC